GAAGACCGCAGAGGGUAAAAGAGCAGGAUGUAUGCAAGAACCUUCUGAAGAACAAAACCAGGGAGACUCGCAAUGACUGGCAGAUGUUCUUCUCCAACAAAAACUACAUGAACACGAAGAAAGAAAGCAUUCAUAUCUCGCUACACUACUUUCUUUUUUCUAGGAUGUUUUGCACAUGUGGAGCUUUCUUCUUUAAAAGUAUUCAAGCUUUUCCUCCUCUGUAACUUUUGCUGCAGUUAAAUCUGCACCGAUUUAAGUCGGUGUUGGCGUUGUCGUUCCGACUCUUCUUUUCGGAGUGAAGCGGAUCUGCCGUGGGGGCAGCUGACAGCCGUCCAAGACGCCGCGAGCCGUACUCCGCGUGAAGAAUGCCCAGCCGCGCUUGGCCAAGCCGGCCGACCCGGGCCCGACGGCGGCCUAUACAUGGAGAGAUCGCAGAGCCGCAUCAGCCUCUCGGCGUCCUUUGAGGCCCUCGCCAUCUACUUCCCCUGUAUGAACUCCUUUGACGAGGACGAUGGCGUGGACACAGAUGGCAGGAAGUUGAAGGGAGGCAUCCAGAGGAGCACGGAGACGGGUUUGGCGGUGGAAAUGCCGACGGACGUUCGCCAGGCCAGCCAUGAGUCCAUAGAGGACAGCAUGAACAGCUACGGCUCUGAGGGGAAUCUUAACUACAGUGGGAUGUGUCUUGCAUCCGAUGCCCAGUUCAGUGACUUCCUGGAUGGGAUGGGACCGGCCCAGUUUGUUGGGAGACAGACGCUUGCAAUGACAUCCAUGGGCGAUGUAGAAAUCGGCCUGACGGAGAGAAACGGGGGUCUGGAAGUAGAAGUUGUUCAAGCGAGAGGACUCACCAUGAAGCCAGGCUCAAAGGCACCUCCAGCGGCAUAUAUCAAAGUUUACCUCCUGGAGAACGGAGUCUGUGUGGCCAAGAAGAAGACCAAAGCAGUGAGGAAGUCUCUGGAUCCUCUCUACAAUCAGGUCCUGGUCUUUUCUGAAAGCCCACAGGGGAAAGUAGUGCAGGUCAUUGUUUGGGGAAACUAUGGACGAAUGGACCGCAAAAGCUUCAUGGGCGUAGCUCGAAUCCUAUUGGAGGAGCUCGACCUGAGCACCGUGGUGAUUGGCUGGUACAAGUUGUUCCCUACCUCCUCCAUGGUGGACCCGACUAUGGCGCCACUCAUCCGCCACUCAUCUCAGAUGUCUCUGGAGAGCACCAUCGGACCAUGUUGUGAGAGAUCCUAAGACUUAGGAAGGAAACUGUGUUGCGUUGAACUGAGUCUGAAGAAACGUUUUCAACCCUGUAGCUCUGCUCCUGGCUCAGCUGGUCACCACUUCACCUGCACCUGGGACAAGUUCACAAGUCUGUCCGCUCUGGGGAACGAUCAGACCUGAUAAAUUACUGCGCUAACCAGCCGGUUAUCCUGCAUUCAUCUGAAAUAUAUAAUAGUUUUGGAGCAGAUUGUUUCCUGUGACUCCUGGGAAACGCAUUUCUUUUAUUCUUGUAACCGACCAUCCCUCAGACUCUCAGGGAGAUUUCUCUCCCUUCAGAUCUCUUUGAUGGAAGGAAAACCCAAACCCUCCGUAAUGAGGAUACUUCAAAGCAGAGCUCGGCUGCCGACAUUGAUCACAUCCUAUUGGGACUCGGCGGCUCGGUUUGCUUCAGCUGCCCGCCUCCUCUGCAGCCUUCACCCAACUCUCAUUCCCAGGGCUGCUGGUUGUCUUUCUACUGGACGAGUCCUGAUAAAAUCUCUCAGUCCACCAUGAUGCUUGAGAAACCACUUCCUAUUGGUAGAUGUGUAUGCAACAGGACUGGAAGCACUAAGGUCUAAGUUAUUUGUUGCGACAUACCAAGAAAUGCUGGGUCCAACCACAUGAGCUGUUUCUUUGAUUAUUUCUGUACGUUCCUCAUUGGUUGAAUGAUGUUCAACUCCAUGAGACUCAAACAUGGCUGAGAGCUGUUGCAGGUUCUGGAACCAUCCAGAUUGUAACCUGAAGUUAAGAAUGACGGUUGCUGCUGGUUUCUGUGCACACAGUUUGUUAGAGCCUCAUGUCACAGCUGGCUCACCUGUGGACCUGCGUCCCUGGGCUUCAUCGUUCUCAGUCCCCAAAAACAAUCUGCUCAUGUUCACCCGUUUCUAACUCACAUGACAUUUCAAGCACUUUUCAGUCUAUACGGUGGUGAUUAUAAAGAGAAAUAUACAUCCUUGCUUCUUAUAAAAAAGUGACAAAGCCAAUUUAUUCCAACUAGGGUUUCAAAAAUAAAGGCAGCAAAGAUUUAUUUUUUGUAAAUUGUGAAUUAGAAACAGAUUGGAGCAAAAUCUGAAAACCCCUAAAUUAAUGCAUGCAGUCUAUUCUACAGGAUUAUGAUUUUAAUAUAAAGUGGCUAAUGUUAAAUGCAUGACAUUAGCACAUUUAAAUUUUGCUGAGGCCUUACAGAGAACAAAAUGUACCCAGCAUUAAGCAGCUCGGUGUCUUCUGGGUCUAAAAUGACAAAUGUUUGUUCUUUAUUUAUUAUUUCUGCUCUGCUUUGGUUGGUUUUCACCUUCCUCGUGCAGAUCACACUGAAUGCAGCGGCUGCUAUCACUGGAAAAAAAACAAGAAAAGUUCAAUCUUGGUUGCUGUGAAGAGCAGAGCUACCUGUGAACCCUGGUAGCUGCAGCAGCUCUUUCGAUAGAUUUCUAACAUUCCUCUAGUCUUUUUUAAGCUUUGGUGAAUAACAGUUUCUGUUGUGCCAAUUUCUACCAGCACGUGUCUUCUUCCUCUUCCUCAGUUACCUUGUGGCAUGUGCCAUUGUGAGGGGACAGCAGAAAAAUCCACUCGCACCUCCUAACAGCAGCAUUCAGAGAAGCGUCCCUUUCAUUCUAAAUUAAAGCCCUCAUCCACUGAAAGCCAAGCCACCUGGUGAUUAGCCAUGCUUCGACUGAAAACCGGAGGGAGGAAGAGAGAGAGAGGAAGAGGAGAGAGAGAAAGAGAGCAUGAAAUGUUCUUUGCACCAUCCAAACAAAGGAUCUGUCUGGAGUGACGUCAGGUGUUACAGACUUCAAAAGAGAACAGAGAAAUGGGAUGAACGCAAAGGGAACACAUUGUGCACACUGUAGAGAAAUUUUAUUGGAGCAAAAACCAUUUAUUUAAGAUCCAUAAUGUCUCCUUUCUGUGUACAUAUUACCACUGUUUGUGUCUUUUGGUGUGAGCCAAAGUGAAUCUGUCACAACUUUGUUCAUAAAUGUUGAGACACCAGUGGAAGGAGGUGAUGAUAUCUUUGGUAGAUUUUUUUUUCUGAGACUGUAGCAGUAGCUGGUAGCAUCUGCAUGACAGGUUAAACAUUUCUACUAUUAGCACAAAACUUGAUAAGAUUUAGCAUGAGCUAUGAGCUGCACAGAGGUCACAAGCUUCGGUUUGAACUGAGGAACAUUCCUAUGUAGCAUUUUCAUUUGUUCUUAAGAUGUUUUAGUUUCAGCUGCUUUCUGUUAAAAAAUAAACCAAA